GGCCAUGGCCUGUCCUCAAAACCUGACGACAAGCGCACAAUUCUAACAAAACUAAACCACGUAAAUUUUAUCAACUUAAAUAAUUUUAUCAACCUUUUAAAUUCUUCUAAAUGAUUGUUAAUCUUGUAUUCAGCGACACACCGGCAUCGACACCGAGUCACAGAUUCGCGCCAAACCCUUUUUAAACUGAAAUGAACGUUAACUGUGGCUAUUAAAGUUGAUAUUAUAUGACCGCUGUGAUGUGUGGAUGGCGAGUUACAAAUUCGCACGAAACACUACAAAUAUAAUCUUAUUGUUAUUCAGAAAUAAACCUUAACCUAUUGUCGUUAAAGUCGAUAUUGGCAUGAUCGUUGUUAUCUGUGAAAGGCGACUUGGCAACAGCGCGUGGAUGUGGCGAGCGUGUUGUCUCGCUCUCACUACGCCUGUCGCUGCGUUGUGGCGUGGUUAGCCAGUUUUGAUCGAGUAGGUUAAGAGGCCACAUUGCGCGAAGAUACGACGUUGAAUUACUGGAUUUAUAAGAUGGAUAACCCAACCUUCGUACUCGGUUUCGUAAAGAUCGUCGAGAGGCACCCAGUGCUCUACGACCAAAAAUUACCCCACCGCACCCCGCAUCUCUGCAGCUUAACGUGGGAAAAAGUCGCAGAAGAAGUCAGGAAUGAGUUGCAAGAAAAUUGUGCAGUUGACGAUUUAAAGGCGAAAUGGAAAGGAAUACGUUCAUCUUACGCGAGAUUUAAAAGGAAGAUUGAACAAUGCAAAGACGGUACAAAGCAAUACUCUAUGAUUCAGUCACUCCCCGGAGCACUCGAUGAUAAUCAAGGCAGCGAUGUCGAAGAUUGGGAUUCUGAAUUAUCGAUGCAGAUGUUGAACGAAAAUCCUAAUAGUAAUAAACAUUAUAGCCUCAGUUCCAGCAACUCUAUAGCAAUGCCAGUGUGCAUAGGCAAUAACCUUGUACUUAACUCAUCAGUAAAAAUAGAACCAAUAGACGAAGAUCAACACGUGGACACUACAGACAUUACUAACGAUGACAACCAACUAGGUACAGAAAAUAAAUAUGAAUUAAAACGGAAAGAACCUAUGGAUAUAUUUGAAGCUACCACUGCAAAAAUACAAAAGACUGAAGAGAACGCCGAUUUGCAAUUCUUCAAGAGUAUAUUACCUGAUAUUGAUCACUUCACAAAAUCUGAAAAGAGGAAAUUCAAGAUGGGUGUGCUGAAAUUAAUAGAUGACAUUGAAAAUAACCGUUAGGAUGGUCUGGAUGUAGGUAAAGUACAACGAAAAAGUAUUGACUUAGCAAUUAUUAAAUAACCUACUUCAA